AUGCCAAAAAGCUCCAGCAACGCAGAUCUACCACUCGGCUGGGAAAUUAAUACCGACUACGAUGGCAAGGUUUACUUUAUCGAUCACAUCAACAAGAAGACGACGUGGAUCGAUCCGCGUGACAAGCAUACGAAACCGGAAACGUUCGCCGACUGCAUCGGGAACGAGCUGCCAUUCGGGUGGGAGGAAAGCUACGAUCCACAGAUCGGUACCUACUACAUCAACCACAACACGCAGACGACCCAGCUCGAGGAUCCACGGCUGCAAUGGAAGAGCAAGCAGGACGAGAUGCUGCGGGAGUAUCUCUGCUCCGCACAGGACACACUGGAGGCCAAGAAGGAGAUACUGAGCGUGAAGACGCAACGGCUCCAUCUCGCGCAGGAGGAGUACAACCAUCUGAAUGCGCUCGCCGCAAGCCGCACUAGUCUGUGCUCAUCGACGAGUUCCUGCAGCACCAAGUUUGAUCCGGAGCUGCUGCGGGCGGAUCUGGCCAUCGCGAAGGAGCGUGUGUUCCGGCUCAAGAAGGAACUGUCUCGCAUACAGAAGGAGAUGCACAGCACGCAGAAGGGUGUGGACACGUUGGCCAGCGUGGAACAAAAGCUCAAUGCACACGUGAACGGUUGCUACAAUAUUAGUGAAGCGCAAGCCAUUAUGGAGGAGGUGAAAAAGAUACAGAAGUCGCUCAUUACCGGCGAGCGGGAGAAGAAGGAACUGAUGAAGAGCUUAGCCCAGGUGAAGGACGAUCUGACGCGGUUGCAGCUGCGCCAGGAAAGCCCGGACGCAUCCACCUUCAACCUGGCCCAGGAUCGCAUCUGUGCCGCGUCCCAGACCGACCUAUCCUCCGAACACUUCCCGAUGGGUGCACGUGAGAUGGCAAAGAUGCGGCAGCGGUACGACGAGUGGCGCCGGCGCGUGAAGGAAAUCCAGGAGCAGCUGGCAGCGCUGGAGGAAAAGAUACGGCCCGGUGAGCUGGAAUCCGACCAGGACCGGUUGCUGCUGUUCCAGGAGAAGAAGCAACUGUUGCUGGAGUACCGUAGCAUUACGCCGAAAUCCCGUUCGCCGACGGAGAUGCGCAGGAUUCAGAGCGUUUGCCGUCAGCUCGAGGCGGACCUGAACAUGGCGUACGAGGAAUCGAACCAGUGCAUUGCGAACCGGUUGAAGUUGCACGAGGAAAAGCAGGCGCUGCUGCAGCAGCUGCUGGAAGCGCUCAAGGAGUUUACGCAUCUGGAGCAUCAGCUGAAGUCGCUGUCGGCGAGCACGCUGUCGAUUAGCAGCAGCUCCAGCCUGGGAUCGCUGUCGACCGCAUCCAGCAAGGGUUCGCUGAGCGGGCUCAGCUUCACCGACAUCUACGGCGAUCCGUUGUCGGCCGAGCCGCAAAUCGAUAUGGUCGAUAUGAACCGGCGCGUUCAACGGUUGUUCCAUCCGAGCUCGGAAGUUUCGUCGCUAUCGCCGCGCAGCAGUCUCUCCACCGAAACGCCACCUGCGUCACCGAUGAAGCUUGACUGGGUGGCAGCUGCAGCGGUCGCGGCUGCGGCAGCACUAUCGUCCGGUAAUCCAACCACAUCGUCAUCAGCUGUUCACGCUGCCAUUACCACUGCCAAGCUGGUCGGUCCUGGGGUUUCCACCGUUGUGCCUAGCUACGGGCAGCCGUCCGCAUCGGGCGCUGUACCGAGCUACGCCGUUGCGACGGCCUCCACGAGCACAGUGGCAUCCAACGCCGUUUCCUCCACAUCCGAUUAUAAUCUCGACCGGCAGCGGCUAGAGGAGCAACUGCAGGAGCUAAAAAUCCGUCAGCUGGGCAUCGCCGGUGGACCGCUAUCACCGAUCUACGAAAAGCCACCCUAUCUAGAACCGGCCGCCCUGCUCAGCCGCUCGUCAUCCACUUCCAACACGCGGUCCGUUUCGACGACGGUGAGCGACGAAUCAGUGGCGGGUGAUUCGGGCGUGUUCGAAGCGUCCCGUGCACCACCCGCCCUGCAAACGAAGGAAUGCGCCCAGGUGCAGAUUGGGCUGCGUUACGCCACCGCCGAUACCGCUCUCUGCAUUACAAUCGAGCGUGGUAGCAAUUUGGGUGCGCUUGGUCCACCGGCCGGCUGUCAAAUAUUCAUCCGCGCCAUGCUGCUACCGUCCGGUUCGGGUGGCAGUGGGCCCGGGUUCGUGCGUACCGGCACGGUAACGGAUUGGGUGCGGCCACUGUUCAAAACGAUGCUGGUGGUACCGCUGCCCCUCGACAAGGUGUACGCUAAAUCGCUGCACGUGAAGGUGAUGGUGCUGGUCGGGCAGCGGGAGGACUGGAUCGGUAGCACACAGAUCAGCCUGGCGGAGUUUAAUCCGGCCGAUGCGACUACCAGCCGCUGGUACAACAUCGUUAGCCGGAAGUCGAUGAACGAGUCGGAGCUGCUGGAGGGUUGUGCUGGUGGUGCACGGGAAGAAUCGUCCGACGAGUCGACCAUCAUCUCGUCCCAAACAUCCACACUGACGCGGAACCAGGGACAGGAUGAGCUGCAGGCCGUGCUGGAGAUGGUGUACGACGAACUUUCGAACGACGAUGAUGAUGAAGACGACGAGGAGGAGGAGGAGGAGGAAGAGGAUGAUGACGACGAUGAAGAGGAGGAGGACGAGGAGGAGGUGUAUAAGGAUGAAGGCGACGAGGAACGGCAAGCUGGUUUACCGACGAUGGGGUUGGGGUGCCGUCGGCGCAACAAACAUCUGCAACGGAUAGUCCAUUCCGUGGAGGAAGAGGACGAAGGGGAGGAGCAUCAGAAGCUGCAGGAGGAGGAGGAGGGCUGUGCGUCCGCGGAGGCUACCGAGCUGAUGAUACAGGAGUACAUGAACAGCGUAAAGGAGGGACAAUGUAGCGGUGAUGGUGGCAGUGGAGAUGACGGAGAUGAUGGCGUACCACAAGCACCGCCCGUGCAGCGGGUGGACAAAGAAACCAACACCGAAUGUGCCUUUUUGCCGGAACGGAGCCGCAGGCGGUUCCCCGACCCGAACGGUCCAACGCGCUCCUCCACCAUCGAGGAGGGUUCGGUCGUGGAUGAUCGGUUGGUGAAACGAUCGCAAACUUUCUCACCAAGUGCCGUAGCUAGCAAAGCCCGAUACAUCUGCCGGUUAAACCGGAGCGAUUCCGAUUCGGCCAUGCACUUCAACAAUCAAGUGACACCCCACCCGUUCAAGCGUGGUUCGGUCGAACGACGGUCCCUGCGCUACCACAACCGUGUAUCUAAGAUUUAUCACAAGAUGCAUCCGGCAGUGCCACGCACCAGCCUUGAUCUCGAGCUCGAUCUGAAAGCGCAGCAAACGAAGCUGGAAACGCUGACGGACGAGAUCGGGCGGUUGCGAGAGUUGAAGCAUCGGCUCGAACAGGCGCGGGACAAUAACGACGUAAAGGUGGCGGCCUGGGCCCUCGAGAACGAGGACUUCCUUCGGCUGGUAAAGACGGUAAAUGCCGUCACGCCGGAGGAGCGUCAGCUCGCGAAGCUGCUGAUGAAGACGUCCAAGGAGAUAUACAAGCUGCGCAAAACGAAAGUCGGCAAGGGCAAGCUCGAUUCGAUCUCGUUCAAGGAAAAGAUGGCGUUCUUUACGCGUCGCGGUGUAUCCGUACCGGAGCUACCGUCGGAAAUAUUCCCUGGCACGGCUACCGCGCAACCGGGUGCGACGUCUUUCGCACACCAGCUAGAUCCAACCAUGGAUUUAUCCGCGAGCAGUGGUUUAGAGCGGGAUAGGGAAGAGUGUGGUGGUAGCACAACGCCAACCAAUACGGAGUUGAUGCCGACGGCUACGAUCCCAUCGUCACCGGCAACGACAGAUAUCGGCACCGGUACGGAUCCGGAAACGGAUCCAAAUGCCUUCUCCUACAGCGACGUAGACCGCACGUACGGUGUGGAGGUGUGA